GGUUUAGACUGGGUAUAUAUUUACGCCACGGGUUUAUCAAACCUCACCACAAGUUUCAAACUCUGCUGCUCUGAGAGAACAGGACACACACACACACACACACACACUGCUAAACAACUGGCUCUGUAAAACAGGCAGAGAGAGAGAGAGAGAGAGAAGACAGAGUCGUGGAACGUUUGGGAUUUUACACUCCUUUUUGCUGAAUCUUCCCAUCCUUCAGAGGUCAAUGUGUUGCUCUGGGCUCACUGCUCCUCAAACCUCCACCUCACUCCGCUGCUCUGAACACUGUCUCUUUUUAAAACACUUAGCCAAUUCAAAUUCAUUCAUUUCUGUGUUUGCUAAGAAACACAAAGGACCCAGGCAGACGUUUAAAGAAAGAUCACAACAACUGGACUACAACUGCUAAACAGGAGUUUGUCUAGCUGGAAUGAAUAUAACUGAGUCUAGUUGCUGUCGUGAGGCCAUUUCUCUGCCAGUCCAGAACGGAGCAGGGGGACGUCCAUGGGUCUCUUCCCACAGCCCGGGCUCUGACCUUGGGCUUGGACCCUUCGACCAGGCCCCGCUCUCUGCAGGAUCUGGGGGAAGUACAGAGGCCAGGAUAGGGCCCCCAGGAGUUGACCAAGGGACCGGCGCAGGCAGCCCUGACUCUACCCACCCAGGAGCUCCUUCCCUGGGCAGCGGAGAAGUGAAACCAGGGGGCGAGUCGAGAAUCCGGCGGCCCAUGAACGCCUUCAUGGUCUGGGCUAAAGACGAGAGGAAACGACUGGCUGUACAGAACCCUGACCUCCACAAUGCGGUCCUCAGUAAGAUGCUGGGCCAGUCUUGGAAAGCCUUGAGCACCCUGGACAAGAGACCCUUCGUAGACGAGGCUGAGAGACUCCGCCUUCAGCACCUGACUGACCACCCUAACUACAAGUACCGCCCCCGACGCAAGAAACAAGCCAAGAAGCUCAAACGGGUCGAGCCAGGUCUCCUCCUCCACAACCUAUCCCAGGGAGGGGUGGGGGGGCCUGGCACGGGCGAGGGCUAUGGCCCCCCCAGUCACCUGAGGGAGGGGGGCUACAUGGGUCAUCACGUGCACCACCAUCUCCUGCCUCCGCUGGGCCACUUCAGGGACCUCCGCGGCGGGGACGUGGAGAGCUACGGCCUGCCUACGCCGGAGAUGUCCCCUCUAGACAUGGUGGAGGAGGGUGUGGGCGACGGCGGCGUCUUCUUUCCCGCUCACAUGCAGGAGGACGCUGGCCUGGGGGCUUGGAGCGCCUACCACCACCCCCACCAUCACUACAACAGCCGUCACCACAACAUCCACCCUCACUCUCUCAGUCAGGGUCACAGUGAAGGUCAUAGGCAGGGUCAUAAUCAAGGUCAUAGUCUGAGUCAUAGUCAGGGUCAUAGUGAAGGUCAUAGUCAGGGUCAUAGUGAAGGUCAUAGGCAGGGUCAUAGUGAAGGUCAUAGGCAGGGUCACAGCCAGGGUCACAGUCAGGGUCACAGUGAAGGUCAUAGGCAGGGUCACAGUGUAUAUGACAAUCCUAAUCAGAGCGAAAGAGGGUCCAUGCUCUGUCAUCCGGCCCAGGGGAAGUGUUCCAGCCAGGCUCUAGAGCCUCCCAACCCUCUGAGUCCCUACUCCGCCACGCAGGUUUCGGUGGGCCAGGCUGAGGUGGCCAAACCUGCGCCCCCUUUUGUUCCGUCAAACUUCUACAGCCAGCUCUACAGUGGUCAGACUGUCGCCGCAUCAAACGCCCCUCAGGGAACACCCCACUUUGCCUCCCACCUGGGGCAGCUCUCCCCGCCCCCUGAGUCCUCCUCCUCCCCGCACGCCGCCUCGUCCAACCCCCUCGCCCCCCCGUCCCUGGAUCAGCCCGGCCACCUGGGAGUCGCCUCAGCAGAGUUCUGGACGGAGGUGGACCGCCACGAGUUCGACCAGUACCUAACCGCCAGCCGGACUCGUGCCGAGGGCUACGGGGGCGCUUUCAUCCCUGUUUCCAAACCUCUAGAGGGGUACAGCUCUAAACCCCUGGAAGGGUACGGGGGUGGGCACCUGUCCAAGCCCUUGGUCAGGGGAUCUGGUGAGGAGACCCUGAGUAGCCCCCUCAUCUCUGCUCUAUCUGACGCCAGCAGUGCUGUCUAUUACAGUACCUGCAUAACCGGCUAGCUCCACCAAGCAUUUAGGGAGUCCUGGCUACCGAGGUUCCGUGAAUUCUGCGGCACGUGUAACCCACAACCUAGGAACGAAACAAAAUCGUUCUCGUGAAAGGACGGUUGGAAGCGGCCGUGUUGAACUCUCUCUACUGUAUUCUGGUCUGAGUUGAGCUGUUGUUUCUCAGACUGACCACAGAGACCGCCAGCUUUUGCACACAUCCUUAAGGAGAUGCCGUGUCUGCAUUUGAUCGUGCUGUUGGUGCACGGAUUUUCCAUUUAUCGCAGGAACAAUCCGUGUUUAAGAAAGGGUUCUCAAGUUUGAUUUGUCCUAAAGAUAGAGGGAUCAAGCACUACAGAAAACGACUAUUCACUAUAAUCCACUUUGUUAUGCAUACCGCGGGGUUGUCGUAGGGUUGUCGUAGGGUUGUCGUAGGGUCUCAAAUUAAGAUAUCUGCAGUGGUCCUAUUUUCUCCAGUGCACCUGACUCUACCUGACAGUGACAUUAUGCUCAGGUCUCUCAAAAAAGUUGCUUUUGACGUGGCUAGUCGUGGUCCCUGACGACAGGGGAAGAGAAAAUGGAAAUGUGCAUCAGGGAAAACGACCGUACAGACUAGAAUAUAGACUACCACACAUCACGAAGACUACUGAAGAAUUAGACAGGCAGAAUAAUAAAAAAGAUAAAGCAAUUUAUUUUGUAUUAUAUCAAUUUUAAUACACAAGUUCUAUUUUUUCUGCAGUUUUUUAAAAUUUUUGUGUCGAUUGAAUUGUUUCUAUGAAAACUGUUUUAUUUGCACUGGUUCAGAAAUGCGCGUAAAGGAAGACACUUUCUUAUUCAGUAAAUGUAAAAUAAAAUGUAAGACGAAAUGUUGUUUCCAAAUGAAGAUAUCAAGACAAUGUGAAUUGCUGAGGUCUGGAAUAUGAAAAUGUUUUGUCACUUAAACAGAAUAUUGUUUGGGUUCUGUAGCCACGUGUGAAUUGACUUUUGUUGUUCAUUUUUAAUUAAUGGUGUACAGCCGAUCUUUGUGUAAAAAAGAAAACAGGGGCUGAACCCUUAAUAUUGUAUCCAAGAAGAACGUUGAAUUAAUAAAAUCCUUUCUGCAAUAAUUAUUUUGAACAUAAAAUAUAAAAGAUAUUUGAAAAAAUAUUGAGAAAACUGCAACUGAAUAAAUCAGGGACAGUUAUAUAAUUAUUUCAUGCAAUAAGUCAUUGUAAUAACAGUGUGGCCACAACACAGGGAGAAUUUUUCUCUACACAUUUAUUCAUCAAAAAAGAGGGUCUUUGUAAAUGAAUAUAUUGUAUAUUGCUUUUUUAAAUAUUUCCAUUAUAAAUAAAGUAAUUUCUAAGAAUUUA